UUUAAUGUUUGCUUACGUAUUGUUGCUUCUAUCGACAGUUGAUAGACUAUUGUAAAAGAAACUAAGCAAAGGUAGAGAGUGAUUGGCGAAUUAAAACUUUCAUUCUUAUUUGCUUGGAUGCAUCAGGAAAACUUAUACUUUUACUCUGCAAAAAUGCUUUGAACUUGAAGCUAUUUUUUAAAGGUUAUGAUAUUGCAAUAUGUUACAUGUGGGAAAAAUGUUUUGAAGUUUGGUCGAGAAUUUGAAUAAAUUUAAGGAUUUUAUCGCAUUAAGAAUUAACAAAAAUGAAGCAAAAGAACAGAGUUUUGAAUAUCAGUCCUGAACUGAAAUUCAGGAAGAUUCGUAGAGUUUGUGAGAACCAGAUGGAACAUAAUUUACAUUCGAUUGACAAGAAAUGCAAUAUUCAAAAGGAUAAGUUGGACAAUUCUAUCAAGUUAGUAAAGAAGCAAUUGGAAAAUUUGGAAUUUGAAAACAAUAGGAUCGGUGUAGCUCUUCCUAGGAUAACUUCCAGUUCAAUGUACGGUAGAUUAUCAGUGACUCCAGAAUCACGACAGAGUAUACGAAGAAGUGUUUCUUGUGUUUAUGGAGUACUUAGAGAUAGACAGUGUCCACACUUCCCCUGUACUGCUCCUGAUUCUUACCAUACGAUAGGAUUUAGACUGGAACCUGAAGAUACAACAUGGGUUUCUUGGAAAAAGAAGAAAAAGGAACUAAGUGACGUAGUUAGGUUGUCUAUGGAAAAUUCCACGUUGCUUAAUUCUGGAACUUCUCGUCUUCGAACUGAAAGACGAGAAGAAAUUCUGAAACAGGAAAUGAAAAGGCGUCGAAUUGAACAACAAAAACAGAAACCUCCUCUAUGGGAAACAAACUAUGGAAAACCUACGCCUAUCAGACGCAUAAAAUAUCCUGUUAGAUUAUUACCAUUAGACGAGAGUUUAUGAUGGAAUAUUUCUUAGUUCUUGAAAUAAAUCGGUAAACAAAAUCUUCAUUUUUUUGUCUUGUUAUAAUUUUUACA